AUGAAGCUAUCCAAAUCAUCACAGGGCUCGAAAAAACCACAGAUAACAAAAUAUCUCGGAUCAGCAAGCAGUCUGACCGAGUUCGGCGGGCAAGACUUGACUUCUGCUGAGCACAAGCAAACCGAGCUUUCUCCUUCACACGAGGUCUUUGUCAAGAAUAUAUCAGGAACAGAUGCAGUGCAGAACAAAUACUUGUACCCUAACGAUAAUGCUGCGGUGCCUGAGGAUUUCGGCUGUCGUACCAUCAUGUUGGCGUCUAAAGGCUCGGUGGAUGUUGUCACUCAAACUUGUGCAUCCAGCUUGGCCACGAACUCGGAUCGCCUUAUUGAUCUUGAAGCCCCGGAAAUUGGUGUCCUUAUCGACUUCGACACUGCUUCAGACAUCGGAGGAGACUCAGAAAAGAAGUUCAAGCACAGCCAAACCCCCCCAUCGUAUCAAUCAUGUGGGAUCAACGCAACAGGUGAAUCUCUGCAUGUGAAUGAUUUGACUCCAGUAUCAGAGUUCGCCAAUCGCAUCGACGCACGCGAAGCAUUAUGCGACAAUCGUACCCCCCGAAACAAAAGCGCAGAAGUAUUACGAAGACUCGAAAUGAAACCCUCUCGGCUGGAGCCCCACGUGGUGCGACACUCACAUGCUCCCUCCACUGCUCCUCUGAUGCCAAUCGUUAGAAAGGAUAAGCCAGAGGCAUCCCAGGAGUCUCGGCGACCCAUCCGUUCUAUCCAAUUCGUCCCAAAUGAAGACUUCGUCGAUCCGAUUUUCAGCAAUGAGACAGCGCGUCGAAACGUCAUCAGAAUGAACCUAGAUCAAAACGGCCAUGUGCCACUAAUGUUCCAGUAUGGCAUACAGUAUAUGCCUAAUAUUAGAACGGCAAUCGCCGAACCUGGACAUGAGCACAUCGGCUUUCAAUGUCGGUCUGUCAUCAUAUCAGACUUACCAGCUGUUGCGAACCUGCGUGAUGUCAUGGCUAGGGUACGAGGUGGCAAUAUCGUUCGAGCGACACUCGUCGAUACAAUUUCACUGGGCACCGGUCGCACUGCAUUCGUUGUAUUUUCGAAAUGGCUUGAGGCCGAUGCAUAUGUCGUCUAUGCGCAGGAGAACCCAGGCCAUAUUGAUAUACUCGGUAAGCAAGCAACGGUUGCGCUCGCCGGGAAGCCCACCUAUCCACGAAGACAAUUACAGCAGCCUGGUCAGGACCAAACUCGUUGCCUUGAGUUCAGAUGGAUUCCCAAGCAUAUAUGUAACGGUCUGCUGAGAAAUAUUGAGCAUCUCUUCCACCAUGCAGAGGAUGCACUGGAGGAUAUGUGGUAUGAUCAGACCGGGUCCGCCAUUAUGCUGUUCAAGAACAUUGACUACGCCAUUCGAUUUCACGAGUUCAUAUGCAACAGUGAUGCUUACAUCGACCGAAGUCACAACUUGGAGUACAUUGAAGAUCCCUGCUCUGGUCCAUUAGAACGUCUAGCUGCACCUGCUUCGCUCGCCCGUGGAAAUUAUGCCAGUUUGAUAGAAAAGUGUGUUGCGUGGGAGUGCAGCAAUGGCCAUAAGGAGCUUUCGGCGAGACUUGGAGAUAUGCAGUCGUCCCCUCCAAUAGCUCCCACCGCACACACUAUGGCACAUUGCUUACAGCCAAUCUCCGAUGAUCAGGCGGUGUCGGCGAGCAUUCUGAAAGAGCAGCAUGCCUCAGUCAACGAGACAUGUGUUUCUGCUUCUGAAACCACAGAGACUGAGGACGAUGGUGCAAACGGUAUCCGAAAUGCAGAAGCAACAAGACUGCAGGCUGUCAGGCCUAUUGUUGCAGUAGCAGCCAGCAAUAAGUCGUAUAGUGAGGAUAUAUUUAUGCCCCAGGGUGAAAAAUGGACCGGUUUCAAAAUCUACACCAUUGAGGAAUCCAAAAAGAGAUACGACUUGGAGUUCUACCGGGAGAAUCCAGUAAAAUGGCGUGCUGCCUGGCCUUACGUCGGUGACAUGAAAAUGUUCAAGCCAACAGAGAUCGAUGAUGAGUGGGUUCCGAAGGCACAAUUGCCGCGAGACAGCAGUGUCAUACAGACGCUCAUCGAGCGAGAUACCCACUCACAUGUCCGCAAAUCAGAUAUAAUUCAGGCCCAAUCGGAGGCUAAGAGCGUCGCUGUCCCCCCGAGCGACCUCUGACAUCGACAUUGGCUUGCUUACCAGGACUUGAGGUGUGCAGAGGCUCGUAAUUUCGACGACUUUGAG